CUUCGAAGGUCAACCACCACAAUGGCCCAGACAACGCUGGAUGAGUGGGCAAAGGACCCCGUGGAUCCUGAGAUCCGCGCGCAUGUCUACAGUCUCAUUACUGCUCUCGGUGGCAUUGGCGACGAUGGGACGUAUUCGCUCGGAGACGACGCCCUACUAUGCUUGAAGGACCUGCGAAAGUGGCUCAAGUUUGCCGACGGGCAAUUGAACCGACGCGAUGUCGCACGCUGCAUGGCCGAGGCGAAUCUCGUGAAAGGCGAUCUACUGGAGAUACUGGCGAAGAUAUCGGAGAGGAUAAUGCAGGACCGGCUGAAGCACAAGCUUGCUGUUGCGACGUUGGAACUGCUCGUCCCUCUGACCUGGCCGUUCGAGAUCGAUCCUGUCGAAGCGACCGUCAACCACCACCGGCACGGCCCGUAUAUCCAGCUGGCCCAGAUCGGCUACAAGCGCGCUAUACUCCAGUAUGACCGUGCCAGGAUCCUCCAGACCGCCAUCCGAAUCGCACUUCCCUCCAUGGCCGUUCCCCUGCGCGAGCGCACACCGCGAGACGAGGGUAUUAUUCGCAUAGCACUCUAUUUCAUUCGCAAUAUCGCCAUGCUAUCGCCUCCAAGGAACGCCCCGAUGGACAUAGACGAGGCCGAAAUAUCACGGUCGACCACCAUUGACACCUUCCAAGAGCAGGACAUAUUCCAGGCCAUUCUCAGCGUCGCAUCGAGCAUUGGAGAAGACUUUGUAACUCAGGAUGUCGUCGUGCUGGAGAUACUGUUCUAUUUGCUAAAGGGCAUAGAUGCAGAGAAGCUGUUCAUGGAAGACAAGAAACUCAAAAGCAAGAAUACCGACGAGCUUAAGAGUCUUAUUCAGAAGGAGAAGGCUAUGCUAGCUGGCUACGCGCGACAUGCUCCCACGCGCCACAACCGGUUUGGUACCAUGAUCUGGGUCAAGCGCGACGAAGAUAAGGUGUCGACAAUAUCUGGACAAGAUGUUCUAGGCAAGGCGCAAAAGAGCAUGCAGAAGAUGGAUACGUCCAAGAAGUGGAACAAGCCGAAGUAUACUGGACGUAGAAAAGAUGGAGAGCAGGAGCGAGAGGAGUUCGAUCUUCCUGUGACUCUAACACCAUCAGCACGGAAACGUAUCAAAGCCUUUGUUGAAGAGUUCCUUGAUUCUUCCUUUAAUCCUCUGUUCCUGCAUCUCCGAAAGGCUAUUGAGCGAGAGACCGAACGCGUGGAGACUCGACAUCCACGACAGUACUUCUACCUCGUGUCUUGGUUCCUUCGAGCAGAAUGCGCGCGUCGUAGGACAAUGAAAGAAAAGGCGGCCGACCCGAAGAGCAACGAGGCUCUCACUGCGGAGGACGAGAGUUAUGGUUUGGUCGCAGAAGUCAUGAAUCAGGAAACGUUCAUUCUAUUGAAUCGAUUCAUGCAGAAGAGCCAGGACGAAAAGGCAUGGCAGGAUCUAAACGCCGGCAUGAAGUGCUUCACCCAAAUUCUGCUUACGGUACAGGAGAUGUCGGAAUCAGCACUCGAAGACGAUCAGGAAAUCGCGGAGAACACCCAGAACCGCAUCUUCUACGAAGAGGCAACGCAUGAUCGCGUCGUCCAUAUUCUCAGGUCUUACAAGGACCAAGGCUUCGGGUACCUGGAUGCCGUCACGGAGCUUUCUCAUGUCUUCUUGCGGAUGCUCGAGCGCUACUCGAAACAAAACGUCGAUAUGCAGGUCCGAUCCAAGAGACGAGCUCGGAAGAUUCGCAAGAAGCAGGCGGAAGCACAGGGACUAGAAGGCGAAGAGGAAGGCCAUGUGUCGGAAACGGAAGAUAUCGUUGCUGCGCAGCGGACGGUAUCCGAACGGAAAUUCGACUUCACGCGCUUCGCAGCCAAGUUCAUCAACCAGAGCAGCGUCAACACUUUUGUUGCCUUUACGAGGUACUACAGCGAGCUAGACGCGGAGCAGCUCAAACGCGCACAUCGUUUCUUCUAUCGGGUGGCCUUUAAAUUAGACAUCGCGGUUCUCCUUUACCGGGUCGACAUACUGCAGCUGUUCAACAAGAUGAUCAAGGGUCCGGAAGGAUUGGACCAGGAGUCUCCAGCAUUCAAAGAAUGGGAAGAAUUUGUAAGGCAUUUCUUCCGAACGGUGGUCAAGAGGGUCCAAGAUAGACCAGAGCUUGUGGUGGAGAUGCUGUUCAGCAAGAUACCCGCCACAAUCUUCUACCUUGAGCACGGCUACGAUAGAGAGCUGCCAACACGGACGCCUCGCGCACCAGCCGAACUCGAAGUCAAACCUGGAAUGGAGAAGCCUGAGCAGAUUGGCGUCGCUGUUGGGGUGCUCGUCAACCAGUCGAAGUCGGACGCUUUGCACUGGGUGCGUGAUGUCCUGGCGUCGGCGGUGGAAGAGCGAAAAGCUUGGGAGGAUAUGGAAGAGGCGCGGAAAAUGGCGACAGCAACAGAAAUUCCAGACAGCGAAGCCCCUGUUGAGAACCAGGACGCUGAACCCCCCAAACCGCCUUCAAUUUUGGUCAAGCCUGACAACGAAGAGCGCCGCGUAGCAAUGUUUAGGGACAACAAACUACGUUUGCUGCUGACGCUUGUGGGUUUCACGAGAUUAGGUGCAGACAACGACCCCGACGCGGCGUGGGUAAUCUCGUCGUCUCUGACCUCAGCCGAGCUCCAGGAAGCUAUCGAUCUUAUUCGCAAAUUUGAGUUUGCGCCCCCCACUUACGAAGACGGGAAAGGACCCGAGGACAUGCUCCGUAGCAAAGCAACUGCAGCAAGACGAUCUGUUCGCCGAGUGGACUGGGACGAUGACUCGGAUGGCAUAGAUGACAAUUCCGAAGAGGACCGAGGAGAGUAUGCGCUCGACGGCCCAACUGCAAGGAAAGCAGACGGUACUGGUAGGAAGGUGCUCAAAAGACGUCGACGUACCCGGACACCAGAGGAACUUGAUGACGAAGAGAGGGAGCGAAGGGCGCAGGCGCGGCGGCAAAAGGAGAUCGAGAAGCAACAGAAAGUCAAGAGUACAAUGUUCGUACAUGACUCAGAUGAUGAAGACUGGGACGUAGACAAGGAUGCGGAGUUCUUCGCUCGGGAAGAAGCCCUUCGUGCGCUGACCUCGGCUGAAUUCAAGAAGUCAAUCAUAUUAGGAAGCGCUGAGACGGCAUCCUCGAAGAAGAGGAAGGCGGAAGGUUCAUCAAAGGGGGAGGGUAAGAGACGGAAGACUCCCCCUAAACGGAAAGCUCGUCCAUUCGACUCCGACGAAAGCGAGGAUGGCGAAGCAGAUGAUGGUGCGAGCAGCAGGGUUCCGUCAGAGGCAAGAGAUGUCCUUCUGGACGGCAGCGAAGACGAGGUUACUGACACUCCGUUGUCUUCCCAGCAUGCCGGCCUUGCACAACCAGAUUCACCGACGAAGUCAACAACGGCAACGACAGCGAAACCCCGGGACGUGGUUAUGGCGGAUGCGGAUGACGACGAAGAUGAGGAUGAUGUGCCCGUCCGUAGACCAGUUGCGAGGAACAUGAGGGCAGGCUUUGUUAUUGACAGCGACUCUGAGUAAGGUGGAGGACAUGGUGGCAGGAUUCUUGGUUAUGACACAUCAGUCGGCGUCCUCGGCUGUUGAAUACCCCCAAUUUCAUGAUGUGAUUUCUCUUUUCGAAUCUUGCAACCUGGUCCUCUUCAGUUGUGUCUCGUCCUGCUAGGAUUGGGUGGAAAGACAGCGUUGGCGACAAAGUUGAUAACAUGUUGCUGGUGGGCAUGACGAAGGCAACACUUGCUAAGGGUGGCCUGUUGCAACGGGUUGCGGAAUCUUCGCUCAGCUUGGUGGGCGCUCCUUCCAAUUUUGCCACAAUUGACGCGGUGAAUGCGGGGUGUUGUUGUGGUUGCUCGGGCUC